AUGUACUCCAGGUUCUGGCCCAAGGGUGGCCUUCCUGGCAUUUUGCAUCAUUACACCGAGACUCUUGUCACUUUUGAAUACACAUCCACUGCCGCUCGUCAACCUCACAGCAUUCUCUUUGUCGGUGGCCUCGGUGAUGGCCUUGCGACUACCUCCUAUAUGGCCGAUCUUGUCCGCGCUCUCCAGCCCACAGAAUGGUCCCUUUUCACUCUCAACCUCACAUCCUCGUAUCAAUCCUGGGGUCUUGGGCACCUCGACCGAGACACGGAUGAGAUUGCGCAAUGUUUGAAUUAUAUCAAAGAAUAUAAGACGUCCAAAUUCGGCAACGGCAAGAUUGUCCUGAUGGGUCAUUCAACCGGCAGUCAGUGUGUGGUGCACUACUUGUCUCGGCCCAACCCUCACACAAGCACCCCAGCCUUCGAUCCAGAUCUCGAGCACAUUCUCCGCAUGCCACUUGACGGCGCAAUCAUGCAAGCACCCGUGUCUGACCGAGAAGCCGUGCAAUGGGUGUUGAGCGAAGGAAUUGGUGGCAAGACGGGCGAUGAAAUCCGGCCAAUCUACGAGAAGAUGGUCGCAAUGGCAAAGGAAUCUGUCGCAAAGGGCGAACCUCAUGAUACAAUGCUCCCCCUGUGGAUGACAUCCCAUAUCUACCCGUCCAAUACCGCAAUCAGCUGUCGCAGACUCUUGAGUCUGAUCAGCCCUGACAGCCCUCAGUCACCGGGCGAGGAUGACCUUUUCAGCUCUGAUCUGAGCGACGAGCAACUAAAGACAACGUUUGGAAUGAUUAAUGAGCGCGGGCUGCUCAAGCACAAAUUGAUGGUCCUGUUUUCGGGCGCGGAUCAAGCUGUUCCGGAAUGGAUUGACAAGGAGAAGUUGUUGGCGAGAUGGAGGGGUAUCACGGAUCACAAUGGCAAAUAUGAGAUUUGGGAUCAGAAGCACAGCGGUAUCAUCCCUGGGGCAUCUCAUGCAUUGAGCAACGAUGACCAAGCUAAGCCUCGGGAGUUCCUCGUGGAGAAGGUCCUUGGGUAUCUGAAGACAGCAGAAACGGUCUGA